AUGGCGGAUCGCGCCGAGAUGUUCUCGCUCUCCACCUUCCACUCGCUCUCCCCGCCCGGCUGCCGGCCCCCCCAGGACAUCAGCCUGGAGGAGUUCGAUGACGAGGACCUGUCGGAGAUCACGGACGACUGCGGCAUCGGCCUCAACUACGACUCGGACCACUACGAGAAGGACUGCCUGGUGCUGGAGCGCGGGGAGCAGCCACACCCCGUGUGCACCUUCCAGGACGACUUCCAGGAGUUCGAGAUGAUCGACGACAACGACGACGACGACGACGAGGAAGAGGAGGAGGAGGAAGGCAACGAGCUGGAGGCACCGCCGUCCCCCUCGGCCUCGCCCAUCCCCUCGCCCGCCCUGGAGGAGACGCAGAAGCACCGCCCCACCACCCUCAACCUGACGGCCCCGGGCACCCAGGAUUCCCUGAACAACAACGGCGGCUUCGCCCCGCCCGCGCCGCGCCCCAGCUGGCAGGACGCGCUGCUGCACUCCUCCUCCUCCUCCUCUUCCUCACACACCGGACACUCGUCCCCCCACGCCUGCAUCCUGGACGGACCCUGCCUGGAGAGCCCGCCGGGCCCCGGGGGGGCUCCCCCCUCGCUGCCGCCCUCCCCCCUGGACUCGCAAGGCAACAGCCCCGAGUCCCUGGCACAUGGUAACCCAUCGCCCCCGAGAGCCGCGCCCGAUUUUAACAUGAACCUCAUCUCCGCUGCGCUCCGAGCUCCGCUCUCCCCGCCGCGCCCCCGCCAGCCGCCCCCGCCUCACCCCUGUCUCUCUCCAACAGGGCCCGCGGCUCCCCCCGGCGCCCCCGAGGCCGCCCCCCCGCCCCAGGCCGCCCCCCAGGCCCCCACGCAGCCCCAGGGCGGCGGCAGCCCGGGGUCCCCCCGCCCGCAGCCGCAGCCGCGGCCCCCCCGGCCGGAGCGGGACGGGGCUCCCGCGGAGCCGCUCAGCUCCGACGGGGAGGGCCCCCAGUCCGGCCGGGCCGCCAGCGUGCGCGGCCACCCCUCGGGCUCCUCGGAGACCACCUCGCCCUCCUCGGACCCGGGCAUCGAGGCCGACCUCACGAGCCGCACGGCCAAGCCCUUCCUGCCCGGCGGGCGGCGCGGGGAAGAGCUCAGCUCGCCCGGCUCUGACUCGGACGUGGACGGGGAGCUCGAGGCGGCUUUCGCCGGCGGGCGCCUGGUCAGCAACAUGAUCUCGUCCAUCUCGGAGACCGAGCUGGACCUCAGCAGCGACAGCAGCAGCGGCCGCUCGUCCCACCUGACCAACUCCAUCGAGGAGGCCAGCUCGCCCGGCUCCGAGGGCGAGCUGGAGCCCGAGCUGGAGGCGCCCGGCCUGCUGGGCAUCAAGGACUCGCUGCUGCUCGACAAGGGCAAGGAGGACGAGGAGGAGCCGGCAGAGAUGGGCCCGCCAGAGCAUGGCGUGCUCAGGAGGGAGAGCCUGGCCGAGCUGAAGAUGGACGCCUACUACGACAGCCUGGACCCGGCCGACGGCCCCGCGCCCGAGGGCCAGACCGACGUGUCCAGCGCCAGCCCCCUGGACCUGAAGAUCGACCCCGACCACAGCCUGGAGAGCAUCCGCCGCUCCUUCUACCUGCCCGUGGGGCCCAAGCUGAUGCCCGAGGCGGACGAAGAGGACAACAGCGAGUACGACUCCGACUCGGAGUCGGAGCCUGACCUGAGCGAGGACUCGGACUCGCCGUGGCUGCUCAGCAACCUGGUGAACAAGAUGAUCUCGGAGGGCUCGUACCCCAUCAAGUGCCCGGACGAGUGCUUCCAGAACAGCCACUCGCUGUGCGACACCAUCUCGCCCGCCUCCGACCUGGAGCCCGAGAUCCUGAGCGAGGCGCUGGACGAGGAGCCGGGCCCGCGGGACUCACCGGCAGCGCUGGCGGACACGGCCCCGGGGGCGCGGUGCCAGCGCGGCGCCAUCGAGCUGGUGGACAUGGAGACGCUGCGCAGCUCCCUGGCCGAGGCCGAGCACGCGGCCGCGGAGCCGCCGCCGGAGCCGCCGGCCGAGGAGCCAGGGCCCUUCCUGUUCCUCAGCAACCCCACCAACGACACCAUCGCGCCCGUGUGCCCCGGCCGCCCCGUUGCCCUCGGCCGCCUGGACGCCUCCGAGGUCCUGGCCACCCUGGGCUGCUGCCCGGCCUCGCUCCCACGGGCGUCCCCCGGCGCCGAGCCCGCCGUCACCGGCGGGGAUCGCCGCCCCGCCAGCCCCCGGCGCUGGGCCCUCGAUGGGGACCUGGACUCGGGCGUGCUGGAGGCCGACUCCAUGAUCGACGACGUCCGGUUAGCGCCCGACACCGACCCCACCGCGCUGGAUGUGUCCACGGCCAAGACCAACCGCGGCUUCACCAUGGCCUUGGAGGAGGCCGAGCCGGCCCUGGUGGCCUCGCGCCGGGGCAGCCCGGCCGGGGAGGCGCCAGUGCCGCCGGAGCCGCCGGCACUGGAUGAGUCGCUGGCCUACGACUCGGUCAAGUACACGCUGGUGGUGGACGAGCACACGCAGCUGGAGCUGGUCAGCCUGCGGCGCUGCACGUCCGUGCUCAGCGACGACAGCGACAUCCUGAGGGCCUGCGAUGACGAGGUGGCCUUUGGGGACGGGCUGGUGGCCCCCGACGUGCGCAGCUCCUCCGAGGACUCGUCCCCCGAGGCCGACCUGCAGUUCUCCAAGAAGUUCCUCAACGUCUUUGUCAACAGCACCUCGCGCUCCUCCAGCACAGAGUCCUUCGGGCUGUUCUCCUGCAUGGUGAACGGGGAGGAGCGGGAGCAGACCCACCGCGCUGUCUUCAGGUUCAUCCCGCGGCACGAGGACGAGCUGGAGCUGGACGUGGACGACCCCAUCCUGGUGGAGCUGGAGGAGGACGAUUACUGGUACCGGGGCUACAACAUGCGCACGGGCGAGCGCGGCAUCUUCCCCGCCUUCUACGCCCACGAGGUGGUGGGGCAGGCCCGCGACGCCGUCGGCCUGAAGCGGAACCCGUGCUGGGUGGAGCGGUUCAACGUGCAGUUCCUGGGCUCCGUGGAGGUCCCGUACCACCAGGGCAACGGCAUCCUCUGCGCGGCCAUGCAGAAGAUCGCCACCACGCGGAAGCUGACGGUGCACCUGCGGCCCCCGGCCAGCUGUGACCUGGAGGUGACACUGCAGGGCAUCAAACUCAUCCUGACCGUCACCGAGUACAGCCCCGAGCACGAGUUCGAGCGCUGCAGCCACUUCUUCCAGAUGAAGAACAUCUCCUUCUGUGGGUGCCACCCCCGGAACAGCUGCUAUUUUGGGUUCAUCACCAAGCACCCGGUGCUGAGCCGCUUCGCCUGCCACGUGUUCGUGUCACAGGAGUCCAUGAGACACGUGGCCGAGUGUGUCGGCCGAGCGUUUCAGGAAUAUUACCAGGAGCACCUGGAGUACGCCUGCCCCACAGAGGACAUCUACCUGGAGUAGGGUCCCUGCCACCCCCGGCACCCGGGGCCACCCCCGGCACCCGGGGCCACCCCCGGCACCCGGGGCCACCCCGCCAGGGACUCGGUGUCACUCUUAGGGACUCGGUGUCACCCCAGGGAUUCUGCAUCAUCCCCAGGGACUCUGUGUCACCCUUAGGGCCUCUGUGGGACCCCAGGGAUUCUCUGUGUGACCCUUAGGGACUCUGUGUCACCCCAGGGACUCUGUGUCACCCCAGGGACUCGGUGUGACCCCCAGGGACCCUGUGUGACCCCCAGGGAUUCUCUGUGUGACCCCAGAGUCUCUGGCCCCCCGCGCCCCCCCCCG